GGAAGAGGAAGAGGGGUGCGUAUGCGUGGUGGUGGAGUAGGGGGAAGAGGGCGAGGCGUGCGUAGGCAUCACACUGUCCCCGAUGAAAUUAGAGCCACCAUUAUUGACCAUGUUGUCAGGAAUACAGAGAGGGUAAAAGAACUGCGGUACCAGUAUGUGCAGAGAAUAAUGGCAUUGGAGGGAAUAGAAACACCUCAUCUCCUGGUGUUUGUGGACGAGGCAGGUUUCAAUCUGGCCAAGUGCCGCAGGCGCGGACGUAACAUCAUUGGCCAGCGGGCCACAGUAGACGUCCCGGGUCAAAGAGGAGGAAAUAUCACAAUGUGUGCGGCCAUUUCUGACAAUGGUGUGGCCACACAUAUUGCAAGCCUAGGCCCAUACAACACGCAGAGGCUCCUCCUCUACCUGGAUCGUCUGUAUGUGGAUUUGGUCCCCGAGAAUGAAAGGGGACUCGAAGCGCCCCACCUAUCACAAUUUGUCAUUGUGUGGGACAAUGUCAGCUUUCACCGUGGCCCACUCAUCAGAGCGUGGUUCGACACCCAUCCAAGGAUGCGUAAUGUUUUUUUACCACCAUACUCGCCAUUCCUCAAUCCCAUUGAAGAAUUUUUUUCUGCUUGGAGGUGGAGGGUUUAUGAACGCCACAUUGGGGAUCAGAGGUCUCUCCUCAAUGCCAUGGAUGCUGCCUGCGAUGACAUCACAGGCGAUCAGUGUCGGGGUUGGCUAAGACAUUCACGCCGCUUCUUUCCACGCUGCAUCGCAAGGGAGAACAUCCGGUGCGAUGUUGAUGAAAAUCUGUGGCCAAACAGAGAGCAGCGGAUGGAUGGCCUGGAGGAUGAGGAAGGCUACCAGGAGAGGGUGGGGGAAGACAGCAACAGCGACUAAUCCAAGUGUUAAACUUGUGGAACUUGCUUUUUUCAAUUCCUUUUUUGGUUCAUGUUUAUAUUUUGUGAUAUAGCCUAUAGACGCAUGACAUCACAUGCAGGAGGUAAAUGCAUAUUUUCCUUUUACUGUAUACCUAUACUCUCUGUUCGUAAUGCAGUAAUGCAUGCAAUUUUGUUUGUGUGAAAAUUGUGUGAAUAAACAAUUUCUUUGGUGAAA